GUUUCUCGCCGGGACUGCGUGGCUGGCGAGCUGCUAACGCCGAGGCGGGGAGCAGCUUCACAGCUCGCUGCCCUCGCCGGAGCCGCCGCCUGAGCAGCGCUGUGCCCCGGCCGGGCGCUCGCAGCCGCGCCUGGGGCUGCGGGGAUCGCUGUCCGCCGGCUCCCGACAGCUCCUGCCCUGCCAGCUCCCUGCCAGCUCCUGCCCUGCCGCUCCCUCGCCAUCCCCGGCGGCCCGUCCCGCACACGUGCUGCCCCAGGGAAGGAAUACUGUGUACCCUGACAGCAAUAAACAUUCAGCUGCAGACCACUGACAGAAAUCUACAGUCCACCAAUUUGGGAAACCUCAGCUUUAAACUCUAAAUGAAUCAACAUUUGUUCCCUCUGAUGACACCGCGAAUCUGGGAAUGAAGAACUUCUUGGAGCUGAUUGGAAAUGGCAUUGCGGAGCUGAAACUUAACUGGAGGAAAUAUAUCUCCUGAAGAAGAAAAUAUAAUGCACUGUAAGGAUCUGUCUUCUGGUGAAAAAUUCAAGCCUAGAGAAAACUUGUCCGCUUUGUUAGUAAGAAUGGGUUGGACAAUUUUCUUCAGUUCCAAAGGAUUUCUGAAUGCCAUGCUGAGCUUAAUCUCUGCAGCAUGCUCUGUGCUUCUCAUCUCUUCCUGAUGCACUGCAUGGUUAUUCUGAAGGGGAGGAUAAAGAAACUGGCCACCAAGAUGGUAAUCACUAGUGGAAAUGAAGAAGAUAAAGGCAGUCAAGAAAAGGAAAGCAAAGAAGAAACGAUCUUGGCAAUGCUUGGAAUUAUUGGGACAAUUCUGAACCUCAUUGUGAUCAUUUUUGUGUAUAUUUAUACAACGUUGUAAACUAGAAGGCAUGCAAAUAGACCAGAUAAAACGGCCAUUAAGAGUGACAACAAACAUUGCUGACUAUUGACAUGUUCUUUAAUCAGAAUUGACUCUGUAUUAUAUUAACACAUCAUAAAAGCACUGCCUGAAGGCAGCGAAGACUGAAGCACAAUUAAUUUAACAAGACUUUUUCACACAGUAAUAAGCUUAACUCUUCUCUCCUGCCCUCUCUCUUUUGGUUUGGUUUUCAGUUUGGAGGAGAAUGACUGCAGUUAUAUAAGUUGUAGCUUUGAAGAAAUUCACCAGGAAUAUGUUGUUUUGACACGAUAAAAAAAAAAAAAAAGGAAAAUAAAAAAAAAAGAAAGGAAAAAAAAAAGAAAAGAAAGAAGCUGUACAUAGAAAUGUAUGCUGUAUACCCACAAAGAUUGAACUCAAAGAUAGCUUCAUAGCCCAGAUCACGUGUCUUUUAGGACAAAUGGUUUUUUCUCUUGCUUCUUACUUUUACUUACAUUGAAUCUGACAAGCUUUUUAUUUAGAAUGAACAUAUGGUGCAAUCAUGAAAAAAAACAAUUCCAUUGAACAAGGUCUGCCUAAACCUGAUAAAAUGUUGGGAGAAAUACAUUACAUGGCUAUUUUUCCUUUCUCGUUUGCUUAACAUCUGUGUCUGUUCAUACCAAUGUUUAUAAAUAUAUAUUUUUAAUAAAUGUGCUAUAUUUUUAGCAUGAACCAAAUAUUUGGAGACACUUGUAUUCAUGCAGCUAAAUUUUGUUUGAUGAAGUGCCCCUUUUGACAGUGGAUGUUGUCUUUCUUGGCAAUUAUACAGCAGUCUUGUUUGCAGCCCUCUCACUGAGGUCUGAAGCAAGCUCACAUCAUGCUCACAUGCAUGACUUGAAGUUGGAAUGUCAGCUGAAAAGCAUUGCUGCUUAAUAUGGGAAAUAGCAAAACAUUGUAAGGUGACCUUUGGAGACUGGUUGCAGAAAGAAGGCUCUAUUUGUAGUUAAAAAAAGAAAAAGCCAAUGAAAGGAAUACUGAGGCAUCUCACAAAAUAUUGCAAAAUUCAUAGAAUUUAUGGCUUUCAGAAUCUGGUCACGCUCUCUAAGUACUUGUGCUGAGAGAAGUGAGCAGAGGUUUAUGCAGCUGAAAAGAGAAAUUUAUAGAGCCUAUAGUGAGGGGCUUAAGUGAAAUCCAGAUUGUAAAUACAGAGUGUAUUUUAAAUGUAAGGAUCAUUAACUCUUUCUGCUUCUCUGACAUGUGCUUUAACUGAGUUGGUGCAGUGAAAUUCUCUGACUUGUGUUUUUGACAGGAAUGUACAAUGAUGAUGAUCACUAUUUUUCUUCAGAGUUCAGUACCUACAAAUAUAUGAAGCAUUAAAAAUAUGAGACCUCAAUUCUGCCUCAAGCUGCCUAAGUACAUUGCCCACUA